GUGGAAAGCUCUGAAGCCGUUUCCGGCCACCUCAGCGGGAAGCGGAGACGCUAGCAGCUAGCUGUCCGGGGCUCUCAGCCGGAGGUGUAACUGGCCACCGCGGGAGAAGAAGGGGCAGUGACUGAGGCGGCCGGGUCUCCGUAGCCAGGGAAGAUGGUGCUGCUGACCAUGAUCGCCCGCGUGGCGGACGGGCUUCCGCUGGCCGCCUCGAUGCAGGAGGACGAGCAGUCAGGCCGGGACCUUCAACAGUAUCAGAGUCAGGCUAAGCAACUCUUUCGAAAGUUGAAUGAACAGUCCCCUACCAGAUGUACCUUGGAAGCAGGAGCCAUGACUUUUCACUACAUUAUUGAGCAGGGGGUGUGUUACUUGGUUUUGUGUGAAGCUGCCUUCCCUAAGAAGUUGGCCUUCGCCUACCUAGAAGACUUGCACUCGGAAUUUGAUGAACAGCAUGGGAAGAAGGUGCCCACUGUGUCUAGGCCCUAUUCCUUCAUCGAGUUUGAUACCUUCAUUCAGAAAACCAAGAAACUCUACAUUGAUAGCCGUGCUCGGAGAAAUCUAGGCUCCAUCAACACCGAAUUGCAAGAUGUGCAGAGGAUCAUGGUGGCCAAUAUUGAAGAAGUCUUACAGCGGGGAGAAGCACUCUCAGCAUUGGAUUCAAAGGCUAACAAUUUGUCCAGUCUAUCUAAGAAAUACCGCCAGGAUGCAAAAUACCUGAACAUGCGUUCCACUUACGCCAAGCUUGCAGCAGUAGCUGUAUUUUUCAUCAUGCUGAUAGUGUAUGUGCGGUUUUGGUGGCUGUGAGAUGUGAACCUAGUCACUAGUAACGGAGAACCUAGAACCCAGCAGGUGUAUGUUUUCAGGAAACUGAGCUCACAGGGCUGUGUAUUAGAAUCCAAGUGGAACUUCUGCCUCUAAAGACCUUGCAAGAAAAGACCUGUCCUGAAAAAAUGAAAGAUGGCGCCUCGUUUAAGGAAGCUUGACCCAUGUGGAAGUCUCUCUGGGGCAGAGACUUUCUCUGGGUGCUAAGCCAUAUGUAUUAGGGAACAGUAGAUUGUCUGUUUUGUUUCUUUCCCUCCCAGUACAUUUAUGAGACAGCAGAACUGGGGCAUUCUCUCUCUCUCUGAUAGAGCCAUCAGUGAGAUUUAAGGUAGCCAACCCAUUCUAGCAGCAUCCUGAAAUUCUGUCAAAGAAGGCGGCCCUUUGGGGAGUCCUAACUUUAAUCAACAUUCCUGUGUUGGUAACAUGUGUGAUUGACUUUCAAGUAAGACUCAAAGUAUGUGAAGGUUAAUUGCUUUGACACACAGAUUCUGUGUGUUGGCCAUUGUAGGAAGUUAACUUUUGUUGUUUUCCUUUUAUAUUUUGCUUAUUGCACAGUUGCUUUGGAAUUAAAUCAAUUAUAUUAAUAUGCCUCGAAAUUAUAUAGUAUUGCUUGACUAAAAAGAUGAAUUUUUUUCUGUCAUUUACUCUUUGUUCUUUGUUUUUCUUUUAUUUUUUUGUUUUGUUUAGACAGGGUCUCUAGUCUCAGUUGUCUUUGAACUCAUGUAGACCAGGCUGGCCUUGAAAUUACAGAGAUCCACCUUCCUCUUCAUUUACUCUUUAACUCUCUUGGGACAUUAUUAUUUGGGACUGGUUUGUCUCUGUAGAGUUGGUAUAGCGCAGGGUUGUCAGAGAGACCCUGCUUUUAUGAGAAGAAAAGCCCAGCUUAGAGCUCCAGCUCUGCCUGCCCCUUCCUCCCACUUUGUCUCUGCUUUUCCAAUUCUUGUUUUUUUUAAUAACAUAAUUUGCUUAAAUUCAUAGUCUCCUGUCCCAUAAAUAUCCUACCAGGAUAUUUACAAAUUGCAAGUGUGACAUACUUAGCAAUGUAGUUAGUUAAACUUAUUAUCUUUGCAGAUCAGCUACUCAAACACGAAUAGUCACAUACCUUAAGGAGAACAUCUCUGAGAGCCAGCCCCUCAUUCCUGUUUCAGCUUAUGUAAAUUCUGCAAGAAUGUUUUAGAGACAGAUGACUCACGGACAGUGUGGCUUCUAUAACCAAUGAGAGUACAUUAGAUGUCUUUGCCCUUUUUGCUCAGGGAUAAUGGGGAUAUCACCUUUGACCUUUUGAGGUAGAAUUUUAUAAGUGGGAAGAGUAGGCCUUUUGAGUAUUAUCACAAGGGGCUACAAUAUAACCUCUAAGUCCUACACACCCUGCAAACACCUCUUUAAAUUGUACUGGAAAACGAGCCAAUGUCUUAUUUCUUAACAUCUUUGGAAAGACUUUUGGUAAGCAGUUUUAUAACCGUAGGGAUCAUCACUGCUGCCCUAUUCCUAGUGGAGGACAACAGUCUCACUUCCUAUGAGAAGCCUGGUAGGGAUGCUUACGUGUUCCUAGUAAGUACAGAACUAGAAUAAAUGUUCUUCUAUUAUGAAUGUAAAUCUGCCAAUUAGAGUUUUGUGCAUGAGAUACAAAAUAACUUUUUAUAGGGAAUAAGUGCUUUUAAGUCUUCAAAAGGCUUACCCUAUAAAUGAUGAUAUUAGCAAUAAAAACCUUUGGAA